GUGAAAUAUGAUACUGAGCAGCUUUCCCGCCUUCCUCGAACUACUGGCUGCUCUGAAACUCAUAAAGAAACUGCUGCGGCUGAAAACCAGCAGGAAUGUCAACGAUUUCAGAGGAAGAGUGGAAAACAGCUAUGUUCGAGAUCCUCGAAGAGCUCGAUGUGCCACAGUACAAUAAGAUGAUGUUUUUUCUAUCGGAUAUCCCCAAAUAUGUAAAGACCACCAAGUCCAGAGAAGAGAUGCCCGAAGUAAUCAUUGAGCGCUACGGAGUGGAAGCAUCUGUCCAUAAAAUCCAUGAAAUAAUGGAUCGAAUACCUCGGAGGGACGCUGCAGUGGAGGACCGACUGCGCCCCUUUGUGGAAAGACUGAAGAAGAAACAGGAGGAUGAGAGAAGAGGGAAGAAGAGGAAACAGAGUGAAACUGUUCUGAGGUCAGCAGACAGAAAGGAUGGAGCUGGCGAGCAGAAAAGCUGCCAGCCUGACAAAGUAGGAGAGAAGUCAUCAUCAUCAGCACUGAACCACUCCCUCAGUCAGACUGAUCCUGGGACAGCAGAAAAGUCCAAGAAGAAGAAGAAGAUGGAAAACAAAGAUGCAUCCAAGACUCACAAGGUGCCAACGAUUUCAGAGACAAACUGGAAAAGAGCUCUGACUGCCAUCCUCGGGCAGCUGAACAACCCUCAGUACAAUGAGAUGCUGACAUUUCUGAAAAUCCUCCAAAAGAAGAAAACCACUAAGUUCAAAGAACACUUGCCCCAAAAGAUUAUUGAGCGCUUCGGAGUGGAAACUUCCAUCCGGAAAGUCAAAGAAGCACUAGAUCGGAUACCUCGGAGGGACGAUGCAGUCCAGAAACACCUGCAGCCCUUUGUGCACAAACUGAAGAGCAAACAGGAAAAGAAGAAGAAGGGUAAACGGAUAAACUCCCAGCGUAAGACUGAUCCUGUUGGCAUAAUGAAGUCCAAAAAGAAGAAGACUGAGAACAAAGAUUCAUCCCUGAGAUCAACUGAAACCAUAGAAACUCCCGAGGUAGCUGCUGUUUUCAGCCCAUGGCCCAUGAAUACUGUAUCAUCCAUGAGUUUGAACAGAGCCACCAAAACUCCCGAGACUGAUCCUGUCGGCACAAUGAAGCCCAAAAAGAAGAAGACGCAGAACAACGAUUUAUCUAUGAAGUCAGCUGAAACCACAAACACUCCCAAGUCUGAUUGUUCAGAACCAUCAAAGGCUAAACUGGAGGAGCCAGUGAACAGUGAUUCAUCCCUGAAUUUGAAUGGAGCCACCAAAACUCCCAAGGUAGCUGUGCAGGUUCAGAGUGCACCUGUCCACACUGGGAGAGUUAAAAUCAAAGCAGUCACAGCCUUCAAUAAAAGCAACACUCACCUGGUGGUAAACAUAAAAACGCAGCUGAAGGAGUGUUUUGUGAGGACUCGUCUCCUGGCAGAGGCACUUGGCUACAAAAUGGAUGAAGGCGUUGAAGCCAGAAUCCGCGAGGCAAUGCCGAUCUCAGCAGAGGCUGAAAUGCAAGGAAAGAAAAUUACGUCCAUUAAAAAGGUGUAAAAGUGUAUUUUUAUGAUUAUUUAAUUUUACCCGUCUCACUCUGUUUUUCUAAGCUCAUGGUGUAAAUGACCAUUAAAUGGUCACACAUACAAUGGACACACAUAUUUCAGUAGUAUUUUCAAGUUUUUUGAAUGUUUUGUGGUUUUGUUUUGAAGUUCAGCCUUUUAUUUUGAAAGAUAAAAUUAUAGUGCAAAACAGGAAAAAGGCUAAGUAGUAAGAAGUAAUGUGAGAUAAAUCUCGCAGUGUUUUCUGGUCUGUUAGGUUUUCAGCAUUAUUUCCUCUGUUCAGAUUGUCGGGUCUGUGGUUGUUGUUGAGUUAGUAGUUUCAGGCACUUUGUGUAGCACUUCUGGAAGUUGCAGAUUUUCCCAGUGUUCCAAUAACUGAUGGAUCAGAGGCGCUUUCAGACUCAAGGAACUUUUUCAGAAUUUUUAAAAACUUUUUAAGUGACUGCAUCUUUUUUUAGCUUCUGCCUCCAAGAAGCUAGGUGCUUGGAGUUCUUCAGUGGUUGAACAAAGAGGAGCACCAAGAACAGGCCCAAACAUGGUAAUAUGCUAUGUUGUUCAUGUGGAGGUAACACGUUUGGACAGUUACCCUCAGGUAAAGUUCUCCUAUAUUAUAUACAGUACUGUGCAAAAGUUUAAGGCAGGUGAGAACAAAUGCUGUAAAGAAAGAAUGCUUUCAGAAAUGGAAGUGUUAGUCAUUUAUUUUCAUCAAUCAACAAAAUGCAGUGAAUGAGCAAAAGAGAAAUCUAAAUCAACCACCCUUUGCCUUCUUCUAAGUACACUUGCACACAGUUUUUGAAGGACUCGGCUGGUAGGUUGUUCAAAUAUCUUGGAGAACUAAGCACAGAUCUUCUGUGGAUGUCGGCUUCCUCACAUCCUUCUGUCUCUUCAUGUAAUCCCAGACACACUCGAUGAUGUUGAGAUCAGGAGUCUGUGGGGGGGAACCAUCACUUCCAGGACUUCUUGUUCUUCUUUAUGCUGCAGAUAGUUCUUCGUGACUUUGGCUGUGUGUUUGGGGUCAAUGUCCUGCUGCAGAAUACAUUUGGGGCCAAAAAACAAUCAUUUAUAUUUCUGAAAGCUUUCUUUGUUUACAGAAUUUUUUCACACCUGCCUAAAACUUUUGCAUAGUACUGUAAAUAAUAAUAAUGCUAUUACUACUACGAAUACAUUUGUUGCUGUAAGUAUUUUUAAACUCUGUGUAACAUUUGAGACAUUUUAGAUGAUAGGGAAACAAAUAAUGUUUUUAUCUUAUCUUACAUGCAUAGUUAUGUGUUGUGGAUGAUGAAGUAUCCACUAACAUUACACAUGAAAGAGCUUUUCUACUUUUUGUUUGUAAUUACCAAAAAUUAUUGAGACAAAAAGGAGAAAAUGGAAUCUCUCUUCACUUUUUUGCUUCUGUACAUACAUUUUUAAAAUUUUACAUACCAAAUACAGUCGUCAUUGUUCCCUUCUGCCUGACUGAUAAUGACUUCCUGUUAAAUGGUGAAUGAUAAACGGUGUUACCUUUAAUGUUAGAUGAUUUUCUUCCAGACUUAAUCCUUUCUUUUGCUAACUGUAGUGUUCCUUUAAAAGCAGUUCAGUAGACAGUUUGAAUGUCAGUAAUAAACUAACGAAGCCUUUUUAUUUGCUGGUUGUACUUUUUGACCAGGUUUUGAUUUUGCUUCCAAACAUGGGUUACAGGUCUGUUUGGUGUUCUUGAGGUUUUGUGUUUGAACCAUUUCUUUAUCAUCACACCACAUUAAAGCUGUGUUUCCUGUU